CUGCCCUGUGUCUACGGGUGGUGCGUGAGUACACAACUCGACUCCGAUUUCUCAGUGUUUUUUUUAUAUUUGACAGCUAACAACAAUUAGUCAACAUGCCGUUCAUGAUAGGGAAAGAGCCUGUGAGGCGAACACUGAAUUAUUUAAAAUCUGGCAAAUUAGUUUUGAAAAAUUCUAUUCAAAUAUUCGCCAUUAAUUUCAACUCUGUUGGACAAAAUCACAAAGGCAUAAGAGAUUUUAUAUUUUGGCACUUGCCACAAGUAUUGUUUAAAAAUCGACAAGUCCAAAUUGUAGAAAUAAAAAAUAAAACGCCAACUCCGUUUAUAACUUGUUUUUAUGAGGAUGGAAAAAAAAUGCUGAUUGAUCUUGAUGGAAAAAACAAAGAUGAAAUUCUUGAUCAUCUACUCAAAGUGGUUGGAAAAUCAGCAGAAACCCUUAAACUUGAAGCUAUAGCCAGAGAGAAAAAAGAUAACCCAGCAAAUUUUGGAUUUGGUUGUGAAAAAAGUUGCAUUUGUGAAAUACCUGGACAAGUACCUUGCCCAGCUAUAGUUCCCCUGCCUGUGCACAUGAGAGGGAAAUUCAAGUUCUCUAGGGAAACACUUGAAUAAUUUAGUAUUUUUAAGUUGUUAGCUCUUUAAAUUUUAAAAUUCAUUUAUACUUGUAUAAAGAAAAUGUAUAGUGAAUAAAAUACCAUUGAUUGUUUUAUUAAUCUUUGAA